GGGAUUGUACCGGAAUAUGCCGUGCCGAAGCUCCGUUAUUUCCACUUCAUUCUCUUCCUGUUCUCUUCUGGCAGUGACUUCUGUCAUCUUCAGCUCCAGCAGCGAACUCUGAAUAUUGAAUACCUGGCAGUACUGGUAUUGAUGUGUUCAGCAGUUUUCUGACUACUGUGAUAUGCGAUUCCAUGUUGUUGGACUCGGUGCUGUUGGGACCCUCAUUGCAAAUCACCUCCGUCGAUCUCUCCCUGAAGGACAUUCUGUCUCCCUUAUUCACAAAAAUGUUAAUAGAGCCAGGCAAGCUCUGUGGCACAACUCCAUAGCCCUGGAGGAGAAUGGAUUGCCUUUUGUCUUGAAAAAUUUCACCCAUGGAACUGCCGACGUCGACGUCGUUUCCGCCACAGCGAAAUUGCCGAACGUCACCUCCGACUCGCGCUAUAUAGAGUCCCUCUUCGUUACUCUCAAAGCACAUCAAACUCUCCCUGCUAUACGCAGAAUUGCUGGUAGACUUUCGCCCAACUCCACCAUUGUCCUCCUGCAAAACGGCAUGGGUGUUUACGAACGACUCUUGCAAGAAGUCUUCGUAAACCCAAAGCAGCGUCCUCACUUCAUCCUUGCCUCCAACACACAUGGGGUCUACUCUAGAGGACUUCUUGAUGUUGUCCAUACCGGACGAGGUGAAAUACGGUUCGGAAUCGUUCCAGAUUUCGAAGGUCGAAAUUUUGAAACAUCUCUUCACGAUCUGUCAAAGCCUUUAGAAGAGAGACGCGGAGAUCUGGGAGAUAUCACGCAGUCUGAAAAGCUCGAUCCCAUGUUCGGACGCUAUAGGAGCUUGCGGAACACUGUCGCCGCCCUUCAACUUAUGGAGGCUCUUAAUCCGACCUGGUUGACGAUGGAGGAAAUGCAGAUUGCGAUGCGACGCAAACUGGCCGUCAACGCGGUAAUUAAUCCACUCACUGCCCUAAUGGGAUGCAAAAAUGGAGAGAUAUUUCAAACAAGAGAAGCGCAUUCCAUGCUUUUCAGAAUCUGUCAAGAGGCAUCCGAUGUUUUCAAGGCCGAAAUGGUCGCGGAGGCCAAAGGUUUUAUGAAUAUAGCUGAUACGGAAGCGGGUGUGGAUGUUCUCCUAGACCGCAUCCCCGAGGUACUCACUAGGGAAAGCUUAAUGCAGGAGUGUUUACGUGUAGCAAAGGCUACAAAGAACAACAUCUCUUCCAUGCUCGCUGAUAUACGGUCUGGCGCUUCUUCUGGCACAGAGAUCGAUUAUAUCAACGGCCGUCUCAUCGAGUUAGGCCACGCGUACAACGUGCCUGUACCUGUUAAUACCGCCCUCGCGCGUUUGGUUAGGAUGAGAAGUAAACUCCAUUCGAGUCAAUGGCACAUUCUUGAAAAUAUAGUUCAAAUCCCACUUCGCGAGCGUUGUCAUCGCUUUCUACCGAAGUCCAGCCCACCCCAUUGCUUUUCUUGCUUCACCGAAUCUGCUCAGAUUCUUUCUGCAUUCGACGGUGGUCCAAAACUUUCUCGUACGCCCACUGAGGGUACAAUCUCUUCCUGACGAUUGAUCUAACAUUGGACGCCGCAUCCCGAACAUCGAUUCUUUGUUCCACAAUUGCGAUUCACGCUGCUUUGGACGUACCAAAUCCCUCAUUUGUAACAACAACGGCCCCGCUGAUCUGUGUCAGCUACUGGUGGGCGCGCGAGGCUCGAUGAUAUGUCGGAGGCGGUAUUGUAGACGUACUCGACCUACGGCGCAAUCGAGGUCUAUGAUUUUCGUUGUGACAUCAACGACGAACACCAUGUAUACUGUACAUAUGGGAAUGCGGUGAAAGAUGAGAUUUGAGCAUGGAGCGAGAUGGAUUUAACGCGUCGACAGUGCGUGUUGCACAAGUAGCCACUGUUGUUAUUCCAAAAGCUAGGUUGUAAAUGCAUAUUGUCAAGAUUUGUAGCGUCUCCCUUAUUCCAAUAUGUAACUUAUUUCGAAAACAGUAAGAAUAUUCUCAAUUGCACUGCAUAAGCAAUGCUUCAAAAGCUG